UAGAAUGUUCUACUAACAGGUCUGUCUUAUACACUUUCGUUUCCAGGUUUUACUUGGACUGAGUGUUUAAAUAUUAUUUUUGUUUAAAAAACAAAUUCUACGUUUAUAAUUAGCUAAUUGGUUUAAAAGUACAAUUAUGGCUGGUCAUAAUUAUCUAAGUGAUCCUAAAAAUCCCUUUUUCUCAUUAGAGAAUGACGUGGAUGACGAAACAUUUAUUAAAAGUGCACCUCGAAGACCUGCUGUCUCUCCAGUUUACAAUUCAUAUAAUUCUAAUAAUCAUUCUAACAGGAACAAUGAAAUUGAAGAAAAACAUCAAGAUUUAGUUUCAAGAAGAAAUGAAAUUGAGCAAAGAACUGUUAAAUCUUCAGAGCGUUCAAUUUCUCUAUUAAGAGACUCUGAAGAAAUUGGAGCUGCUACAGCUGAGGAAUUAAUAAGACAACGAGAGCAACUCGAACGGACUGAGAAGCGAUUAGAUGAUAUAAAUACAACCUUGCGUUUUAGUCAAAAACAUAUUCAGGGAAUAAAGAGUGUCUUUGGGAGUUUAAAAAAUUAUCUUAGCGGAAAGUCAAUUGAUGUACCAGCUUCUUCAGUUACUAGUACAAUUCCGGAAUCUCAUAGUUCCCAGGCUAUUUCUUCAUCUUCGAAUUUGACAAAUUCUUUAGAACAAACACGAAAUCAUUUAUCAGAGGGUGAGCAUCCAAUCUUCAGACUUCGUGGUCUUUCUGAUGAAGAAUCUUUCAAUAAAUCCGCAACAAAUAACGUGAGUGCAGCAUUAGAAAGAAACCUGGACGAAAUGAGUGGCUCACUCGCUAGACUUAAAGGUUUGGCAAUUGGACUUUCCGAGGAAAUUGACUCGCAGAAUGAUCUCAUUGAUAAUAUUGAUGAUAAAACGGAAAAGGCAGAUAUUAUGUUAAAUAAACAAAAUAAAGAUAUGAAACAUUUACUUAAAAAGUAAAAAAAUUUUAAUUAUAAAGAAAUUUCCAUAUGUAAAUUAAAAUGUAGUGUAAAUGUGUAGAAAGAAAUUUCAAAUCAAUUUGUAUAAAGUUGUUUUUUUAAUUUACGUACACAAUUUUUAUUGAAUUGUUUAUAUUGAUUUCUUUCCUUUAUAAAAAUGUUUAUAUAAUAUUUUUAGAAUAAUUUUCAUUUUAACAUUUUUGAAAUAUAAGAAAAACAAAGAAAGACUUUUUUAAAAUUAUUAUUCUAACUAAAUAUUACUCUUUAUAUGAAUAAUUUAUUCAGAUUACACUGAAAUGUAAAUAAAUUAAUGAUAAUUAUAAUUAUUAUUGUAUGUACAAUAAGAUUAAUCGAAUGUUUUCCAAUUUUAUAAACAAAAAUUUUAGGUAAAAAUUGUUAACCAAAAAUUAAAUAUACUUUCAGUACCUAUAGGUUUUUACAUUACACAAUUUGUGGUAUGAUGACACUAUAUAUGUACUUGAAUUAUUUCUAGUAAAAUUUUAUUGAAAAUUU